AUGCCCCCUAUUCUAUUGGUACCCACAGGCGCCUUUUUAAGGGUCUUUUUAAGGGCCUUUUCGUUGGGUCAAAGCACCGCUUCCAUCACCGAGGCUGUGGUGUGGGAGACGGGUCUGGUGGCCCUCACGUCUGACCACCAAUUCGUGUGUGUGCUGGACUUUGUAGAAGCCAAGCCCAUGCGUUUGGCCAGAGUUGAAGACAUGGACUCGCCGCCCUCCUGCUGGACCGUCGUACCUACUUCUGGGGCCAUUGACACGGUGCGUGUGUACAUGGGCUACAGACACACUGUGUACAUGCUCGGCCUAGACGAAGUGGAGCCAGUACAUAUGCCUCUGCUGGACUCAGCCAGUAACUACGCCAUCAUGUGUGUCACACACGACGGCAUGCUGCUGGCGUGUGUGGAUGAGGAUAGCAACUUCACUGUGACCAGUGUGGAGGCGUCCAGGAUACUGACGCAGACUAAGCUGGCUAUGGACUACAGCAGCGCACCACCACCACCUCCUAGACAGAUGGUGUGGUGUGGCAUGGACUGUGUGGUGAUGACCUGGGACCAGGCAGGUGUGGUGAUGGGCGUGGGGCCGUUCUCGGGCACGCUUACCUACACGUUUGAUCACCAAUGUGUGCUUGUGGGCGAAGUGGAUGGUGUGCGUAUCAUCGGCACAGACUCGCAUGACUUCCUGGAACGCGUACCACAGUGUGUGGAAAAUACGUUCAAAUUCGGAUCCACUGAACCCCCCGCGCUUCUAUUGGAUGCCAGUCGGCUGUACGACGAUGGCAAUGCGAGAUGCGAUGAACUUCUACGCUCAAUCAAAGGCAACGCACUCGACGACGCUGUACGACAACUACUGCAAGUGGCUGGGUACGAGUGGGACAGUGUGGCACAGAAGGACAUCAUGCGAGCCGCUAGUUUUGGACGGGCUUUCUUUACGGACAAUGGGACUACCCACGAAUCCAACGACCUCAACAAGGGCACCCAAACCACAACAGACCCGGGCCAAGACUUCUCCGUCCUAUUCGAGGACAUAUGCAUGAAUGUCCGAGUACUCAACUGCAUUCGCAGACACACUGUGGGCAUUCCCCUGACCCUCUCACAGUUAACAGCCCUCACACCGCAGCGGCUGCUGCUGCGCAUGUCGCAGUUGGGGUACCAUGCAUUGGCCUACCGAGUGUGCACCUACCUGCGCAUAGACGUCUCUGAAGUGCUGGUGCACUGGGCGUGUGAGAAG